AUGCCGGAAGGAAUCUUGUAUACAGCUGGCCGUGAUGGUGUUAUUAAUUCUUGGGAUUUAAAUCUUCCUUUUAAACAAAAAAGUAAAAUUUACGUCAACGGAGAAUCAUUCUCUCAUCUUGAUGGUGGUGGUGAUAAUGAAAUUUUUGUAGAUGGAGAAGAUUUCGCAAAAGUUAACAAUAGUGAUAUUAAUGAUGAUAAUUUACCUUUAAAUAAAUUAAAAAAUAACAACAAUUUUAAACAUAAUUGGGAAUUUGAUGAAGAGAUUUGCUUAGAGCAACCUUCACCAAAAUCAACUUUUCGUCAAUCAUUUAAAGGUCAUACAAAUUGGGUGAAUGAUAUAGUAUUAUGUCAUAAUAAUGAAACAUUAAUAUCCGCUUCAUCUGAUAGAACUUUGAAACUUUGGCAUCCUCAUAAAUCAUCAAAUCCGAUUACAAUAGGUUAUCAUACAGAUUAUAUUAAAUCAUUAGCGUAUGCCUCUGGACCUGGAUGGGUUGCAAGUGGUGGUUUUGAUAGAAAAAUUGAUUUAUGGGAUAUAAGGGAGUGCAAGCCAGCAAGUUCUGGAAUAACUUGUAUAAAUUUUGGUGAGCAGAAUUUUAUACCGACAUACGAACACAAAAAAAUUUCUCUUAAACCGGAGACAUGGUUGGAAUUGUUAUGUCAAGACCAAGUUUUGCCACCUACAAUGACACUUGCAACUAUAAAAACGCAUGUAUGGAAACUUCCAGGAGAUCUAACGAUGACAUAUAGGUAA